GGGGCUGCAGGCUAGGGGGUGGCUGGCAAGGAAUUUACACAUCCAGUACUCUUGUGUGUUAAACUGCUGGAUCAUUCUGUGUGCAUUCCUGAUCCUCUACGCUUGAAAACAGGAAUCUUUACGUGAGUUUCCUGGUGUGAACUGGCCAGCACACUAAUCACCAAAGUUCCCACGCGUCGCCGACCUCCAAGGAAGAAACUGAACUUCUCUCAACGCAAAGCUCAAGUUAUCUGAAGGCGAGAUGACCAUACUGCCGGUGGUGGUGUGGGCGUGUCUGGCGGUGAUCGCGGCCACGGCAGAGAACACUCUCCACCCACAGCCACCACCACUACCGCUACUCCUGGCUCAAGGGCGCCAUGAGCCUCACAACAUCCUGACAGACACGCUUAACCCAGGGCUUCUCGGGAACAGCGUGAAGGAUCUUGGUGCUUCUGAGAAAACUAGUGAAGGAGACACUGAAGAGAAUGUUCCUGGGCCGCUGAGAUUCUCUGCACCACACGAAAGGACACCAAGCGUUCCCCAUGCCUCCAGUGAAGCGAUCCUACCACACCUCACGUCCUCAGGUCUCACAGAGGAAGGAACACUGAAUCAUAUGCUGUGGAGUCCGUCACGGCAGAGGAGGGUGCAUCCCGCCGCCACGACCCGCCACACGGACUCCACACAAGCACACACGCGGCAGAAACGAUACACACUUAAAUACAAGAUUAGGUCCAUCGCGGUGCCUCUCAGCGUGUUUAACUUCCUGGGUUUCUUGCCCGUACGUGUGCCUGGCCUACCCUUCCACAACGACCUGCCCUCCCCAGACUACUCCCACUACGAGACCAAGUAUGAUGUGUAUGUUCCCCGAUACAGAAGACGGAAGACUUUCAGGAGGUUCUAAAUGGCGCCUCUGCUCUUCUAGGGUGUUUCAACGGAAGAUUGGUGGAUUUUCGUUUCUGGGUCACGGAGGCAACACCAUAGAUCUGAACGACUCUGCGCAGGACCAGGCGAGGGUUGCAAACGGUAACAGUUCAUAUAUGUAUUGCCACGACGCUGUUUACUCGCCACUCAAGCACGCCUGGCCAACGUCAACACUAAAGAAAAAAAGAAAAUAAGAAAUCCGCUUUCAACUCACGGAUUUACUCAACUUUCACUCAAUAAUAGGAGAAAAAAGAAAAGAAAAGAGUGUUGGCGUGGUGGUCUGCGGUGGCGUUCUCUCAUGUGCCAAACAAACACUGAAGAAUCAUAACCAUAAAAACCCAAACCUUUCAAAUCUUAAACAAAAACGUUGACGCGGUGAGCAAUAUUUCCCGCGGAGAAACUAAACAUAAUCACACACACACAAAAAGAAAAAAAUGAAAACAGUACAGAAAGAACAUAAAUCUCACGGCUUCGCUUUUCCUAGAUAAAAAAAAAAAAGUAUAAGGAAUCCAUAGAAUUUUUCACAAGGAUACUAAACAGAACUACAAAAAAUGAUCUUAGAAGUUACAGAAGACAAAGAGAAUAUUACAAAUUAUUUCCCCAUAAACAAAAAUCAAAGGGGUAAGGAAUGCUCAGAAAGAUUUACCUCCACACAGAAGCUAAACAAUAUCCCACACAAAAAUACACUUAGCUAUACAGAAAAAGACUGAAAAAAAACAACAACAACAAGAAUCUCAAUAAUGCCUCGCUUCCCCUAAACAAGAAAGGUAAAGCGGUAAGGAAUUCACAGGAAGGUUUUAUGACACUUUCACGCAAGGAUACCGAGCGGAACAUCCCUGAGACUAGAAUAUUUAGACGACCGACACUAUUCAUAUAUAUAUUAUUCCACUGAUUAACGAACAAGCUACAGAGAACACAGCGACACUGAUCCCUUCACCCUUCACCCUUCACCCUUCACCACUCCAGCAGAAGGAUCGACUCAGCGUGCAGGGCGUGGAGUGACCAUUAGGAUAUAGUAUAGAUAGGCCACGAUUUUGAAACUUUCGUACACCUCCACUACAUUGAAGAGGCUGUAAUUGAAGUGACACGGGUUUUCAAGUGUGUUUUCUUAUGGUUGUGUGAGAGAUGAGCAGCAUUUCUACAUUACUUACAGGAGAAACUCCCUUGAGAACCCUGACUAAUUACCUCUGCGUGGUGAGAGAGCGAAAUGUUUCAAAAUACAGGCCGUGGACGUGAGAGGGUGAUAAGUGCUCUCCUUCUGCUCCCCAGAAGAGUUACAUUACUGAAGGAAGAGCUCACUUGCCCUUACGAUGCCAAUCAGUACGCGAGGAGACUUGAGUUCCGUUGAUGAAUAGUUUCUCAUGCCUCGUAUCAUAAGGUUUGUUCUAGAUGGUGCUUCUAAGUGUAAUAAUAAAGAUUAGGCAAAGUU